AUGGAAAUUAAAAAAGCGUUUGGAGUGCGAAAUGUAUUACGGAGGGAAUGGAAUCCUGAAAACCGUAUUGAGAGUUUCAAACUGCAGCUGACAAUUCUGAAGUUUAUGGGAAUGUGGCCGCCGGAACGUGGUUCGCGCUGGCAAAUAAUUACCUAUAAGGCCUAUGGUUGGUGUAUAAGGAUAAUUUUUCUUUACCUUUUCGUGUUAUCUCAAAUACUGUUCAUAUAUGAUGAAGUUGAUGACUUGCUGGGAGUUGCUCAGGCCAUGUUUCUGUUGAUGACCCAAGUAGCGCUAGUUUUGAAGUUGGCAGUAUUUAACUUGAAAAUAAAUCGCAUUCAAAAGUGUCUGCGAAAAGUUCCUUGUAAACUGUAUGAUCCAAAGAGCAACGCUGAGCGAAGAGUUAUUGCUAAUUGCAUGACAAUAACUUUGGGUCUUGGAGUGUUUUUCAUGACAGUAGCAUAUGGAACGAUCGUCGUAUGGACCAUUACACCGAUUAUGAAGGGGGAUAGAGAGUUACCACUGCCAGCUUGGUUUCCAUUUGAUUACAAAGGCUCAUUGGCAGUUUACGUUAUGCUCUGCUCAUACCAAAUAUUCUCAGUAAUAAUAAGCGCUAGUUACAAUGUCUCAACUGACACAUUCGUGACCGGGUUGAUGGCGCACGUUCACGGGCAAACUGAACGCCUUGGAAUACUAGUGAGUAAGUUAGGAUAUCAGUCAUCUGGUUUUGGCUCCCUAAAUGCCUAUUGCAAAAAUGAGUGUGAUUUAUGCUUAGAUAUAUCACAGAAGAGAAAAGACAUUGUUACUCUGUCAAAGUUACAUGGAAAACUAUAUGGUGAUUUGAUUGAACUCGUUAUAUUUCACAGGGAUCUAUUGAGAUUCCAACAAGAAAUAAUUGAUAUUUUUAGUUUGUCAAUAUUUACUCAAGUGAUUGCUUCAGUUAUUAUAAUUUGCAUGACGGCUUUCCUGAUGGCCGAAGAAACUGAUUUAAUGGGAAUAUUUUCCGCAUUUACCUACCUGCUGACAAUGGUGGGUCAAAUAUUUCUUUACUGUUUAGUUGGAAAUAAAGUUUCUGAUUCGAGUGACAUGUUAACUGAAAGAGCAACGUUCUGUAAUUAUACCAGCUUCAAUCAAGUGACUUCGAAGGCAUUUUUAUUUUUUCUUCUAAGCAUCGAAGGUGUAACGCCCGAUUUUCACUCGAUGAAAGCUCCCGAACGACUGAAGAAGAGUAAAAAUUCCAAACGCACGCACAUGCACAUGAAAUCCUGA